AUUUUAACCAGACAGUAUAACAAUAUAUAUACAGUUUAUGAUUUUAGCGACGUAACCUUAAAACACUAAAAAGAUAACGAAGUCGUGGGACUUCAGCUUUUAUAAACAUAAAAAGGAAACCACCGGAUUAGCAGGAUACAAUACAUUAGCACUUAACUAGCUAGUAAAGGUUAGCUCAAGUUCAGAGAUAGCUACACUUACCAGCAGUGCAGUCCUAGUCAAAGCUUUAUUUCUGUAGGUAACACAAUAAGCCAUUUGUUUGCAGCAUACUGUAAAACUUAUGUUAAGAUAUUUAUAACAGGUGGGGCUUUUGUAAUGAAAUUGAAAAACCCAAUUCAGAUUCAGCCCUGCAGAGUCAACCAGACCAAGAUGGACCUUUUCUUCGAGGACCCAACAUUACCGUGCACCUCCCAGUCCACUCCCAAGACCGGACAUGAAGAUUCACAGAUGUCAGAGGACACUGACCAUGACUCAUCAAUAGGGAAGUCCUCAAGUGUGAGCGUGACUGAGAUUCCAGAGCAUCAUACCAGCUCAAGCAUAAAUGGCAUCAGCAGUAGAGUGCAGGGACUGGUGGAAAAGAUUAACGGCAGCCGCACCAGUGACCAGAAAGUCAUGGACAGCUUUCAGGAGAACUUAGUGGAGAAGGUGAAGGGGGUGUGCCAGCAGAUGAAGGAGCACAUGUACACAGUCUAUGAGGAGAACAGUAGUGAGGUGCAGGUGAAGCUGCAGGAGUUGUUUGAGGUUCUGGAGAACUGCACUAAACUCAGCAAUGAACUCCUGGAGGCCAGUCAGGCCCUGGCAAGUCUCAGCAAGAGUCUGGCCAUUAGCCAGACAUCAGAAUCCUUAUAAACUAGCUAUUCUUCUGAUGUCCAUAUGAUUUUGAACUGAUCAAUGUGUUAUUCUGAAUAAGUUCAUGUGUUCUUGGGUUUAUUAUUAUAUUGAGCAUUCCGAAUAGUUCACUUUGUCUUGUCUAAAUGCUGCAGUGGCUAUGAUUACUAAUUUUUGUUUCCUCUUUCUUCUUCCUCGUUUUCUGAGAAUACACAGUAGUCUGUGUCUCUGUAGUUCAGGCUACAGCUCAAGAUUGCAGUAAAAGAAUUCCAAAACAUAAAAACUGAAUCCAUGUUUUAUUUUUGUUUAAUUUCAGUAUCUGUUUAUUCAAUAAAUAAAACUACAAAUAACAAGAACACAAUAAACCAAA